UGUUUGAUAAUUGUGCAGGAAUUUCACAUACACGGGGAAGAAUGUCCGCGUGCCAGGGAGUCUGAUUGGAGCUGCUAUUAGGAAGUACUGGCCGGGGAUGUACACUCCGGUCCUUGGGGGCGAGUCCAAGCUAGCCUACACUUGGGAAGACUUUGAGAUAGCGCCUUACCCUGGCUUUACUUCCGCCGCCGACGCCGUGAUCAAGAAGUUUUGGCGCAAUUAUAGGGUGGCGACUGAGCAUAAGGAGAGGGCGGACGUGGUGCUCCGUAACAUGUGUCGGAAGUUGACACGGCAGCAGUGGUACAACCAGAGGAUCACGUGCAUCGGCCACUUCUAUGCUGAGCAGGGCGUAAGGUACACAAAGCCUGAGAUUGUGCAGGGACUCGCCCCGGCUAUGACGAUAGAUGACUUCAUGUCGGUAAGUAAUUGUCAAUGCGAUUCUAUGUACCGCGGCUAACUUGCAACUAUA